AUGGGGGACAAAGACUACCGGCUCAAUGUGUUUCUGCGACAGCAGUGGAAUGACCCCCGGCUGGCCUAUAAGGAAUAUCCGGACGACUCUCUGGACCUGGACCCCUCCAUGUUGGACUCCAUUUGGAAGCCUGACCUGUUCUUUGCAAAUGAAAAGGGAGCUAACUUCCAUGAGGUCACAACAGACAACAAACUGCUCAGGAUAUUCUCCAACGGAAACGUCCUCUACAGCAUCAGGCUGACACUUGUCCUUUCCUGUCCCAUGGAUCUGAAAAACUUCCCCAUGGACAGCCAGAAGUGCACGAUGCAGCUGGAGAGCUUCGGCUACACCAUGAACGAUCUGAUUUUCGAGUGGCUGGAUGUGGGGGCCGUGCAGGUGGCCGACGACCUGACCCUCCCUCAGUUUGUGCUGAAGGAGGAGAAAGGCCUGGGCUAUUGCACCAAGCACUACAACACAGGUAAAUUCACCUGUAUUGAGGUCAAAUUCUACCUGGAGCGGCAGAUGGGCUACUACCUGAUCCAGAUGUACAUCCCCAGCCUGCUCACCGUCAUCCUAUCCUGGGUGUCCUUCUGGAUCAACAUGGACGCGGCUCCGGCCAGGGUGGGACUGGGGAUCACCACGGUGCUCACCAUGACGACGCAGAGCUCUGGCUCCAGGGCCUCCCUGCCAAAGGUGUCCUAUGUGAAAGCCAUAGACAUCUGGAUGGCGGUGUGCCUUCUCUUCGUGUUUGCCGCGCUGCUGGAGUAUGCGGCCGUUAAUUUUGUUUCACGGCAGCACAAGGAGUUCUUCAGACUGAGGAAGAAGCUCAAAGAGCAACAGCGUCAGAGAACUCAGGGAAGCGGUGACAGUAAGUCGAAAGGAAAAAACAUGUCAGGCAACAACACUCCUCACGGGAACGUCUCCCAGCAGUGCUCCGCCUGCGCCAAG